AUGUCUAGCUUCGUAUUUCCCGGCGAUAAACUGCCUGUAGAUCCUACUGUACCCAUCAAACUGGGCCCUGGCAUAUACUGUGAUCCCAUUAGUCAAGAAGUACGACCCGUCAAUACAGGUAUUUUGCAUGUUUCCACUAAGGGCAAAGGUGGUGUCCAGGCUGCAUAUAUAGACUACUUCAGUAAAAGAUACGUCCCAUCUGUGAACGAUUUUGUGAUCGGCACGAUUUCGGGUACGUUUUCAGACAGUUAUAAGGUUUCGCUACAGGAUUUCUCCCCCAGCGUUUCCUUAUCGUAUAUGGCUUUCCCUAACGCCUCGAAGAAAAACAGGCCGACUUUACAAGUGGGUGAUCUGGUGUAUGCCAGAGUUUGUACUGCAGAAAAGGAGCUAGAGGCCGAAAUUGAAUGCUUUGACUCGACCACAGGUCGCGAUGCCGGGUUCGGGCAAUUGGAGGAUGGUACGAUUAUAGAUGUGAAUUUGAAUUUCGCACGCCAGUUGCUUUUCAACAAUGACUUCCCCUUAUUAAAAGUGUUGGCCGCGCACACCAAGUUCGAAGUUGCUAUUGGCCUCAAUGGGAAAAUCUGGGUCAAAUGCAAGGAAGUUUCUAAUACUUUGGCUUGCUAUAGAACCAUAAAAGAAUGUUGUGAAAAAAAUGACACGGCAACGUUCAAAGAUAUAGCAAAGAAACAAUUCGAAGAAGUGCUCAACGUCAACGAAGAGUAG